AUGAUGAAUCCUUCGAGGAUGACGAAGGUUGACAAAGUGGUGGCUCUUGAGUCGGAUGUGUCCGUCGGUUCCGGUGGUGAAUCCUUGGAGGUUGACGAAGCGGUGGCUCUCGAGUCUCAGACCAUAGGCCAUACGGUUGAAGACGACUGCGAAGGGGAUUUCUCAUCCUCUUUUGUUUCAAUUUUGUGUUUUGAUUAA